CUCUAGCCGCAUGCGUAUGACAAAGAUGAAUGGAAAACCGUAACGUGCAAUUCUAUUUUCUGGAUUUUGAAACUCACCUGAUAAAAUGUAUACAAUUUAGUUUUGAACAAGUUAUGAUCAGGAUAAAGACAUGUUUUACCAAUGAGCGGUUUUUUAAAUUCAAUACGUAAAGCUACUACCUCGAGUACUGAUGGUUCGGGUUGUUCCAGUGUGCCUGAAGGCGAUUCUUCCGAAGAUAGGCGCUUCAGUAUCCACCCUUUACCAGGUGAUACUGGGUUUUCACAAUGGGCAAACGCCAUGAAAAUGGUAGCUCAAUUGCCUGGUGGGAUACCACCAGAGUUCAGAAGACGACUCUGGUUAACAUUAGCAGAUAAACAUUUGUUAGGAAAAGGAGUCGAUUGGCCUAAAGUAGAAAGAACCUGUUUCAGCGAAUGGUCUCAUCCUGCAGAUGCAGAACUUGGCGUUCAAAUAGUUAAAGAUUUACACAGGACUGGUUGUAGUUUAUUUUGCGGAGAGGACGGACAGGAAAACCAGGUACUUCUUAAAAGGGUUCUUUUGGCGUACGCAAGGUGGAACAAAGUUGUGGGUUAUUGUCAGGGAUUCAACAUGUUGGCAGCUUUAAUUCUUCAAGUAACUGAAAAAUGCGAAAGUGACGCUUUGAAAUUAAUGAUAUAUCUCAUAGAAGGAGUCCUUCCGGAUUCUUAUUUCGCAGACAGCUUGCGAGGACUAUCGGUCGAUAUGGCGGUAUUUAGGGAGCUGUUGCGUACCAGAUUCCCCCGACUUUCUAAACAUUUAGACAAUCUUCAGAAUGCAGCUAAGGAUGGGAGUAGAAGUUACGAACCACCUCUCACUAAUGUGUUCACAAUGCAAUGGUUCCUUACACUUUUUUGCAACUGUUUGCCUCAUCCAACGGUUCUUCGCGUCUGGGAUUUGAUUCUUCUUGAAGGAAACGAAGUUCUUCUACGUACGGCGUUGGCCAUAUGGCAAGUGUUAGCUGAUAAAAUCCUUACAGUAAGAAGUGCCGAUGAAUUUUAUUGUAUGAUGGGUGUUUUGACCAGGGAACUUCUAGAAUUUGAGUUAGUAGACGGUAAUACUCUAAUCAAAGCGGUCGUAGAUAUCGGACCUUUAACGGAACUGAACACACUUAGGGAACACUAUUUAUAUAAUAUAAAUCCGUGGGGCGCUACUUUGCCGCAAACAGUUGACAAACAAUUGAAAUUGUACCCAAAACAAAGUAUCGCGCUAGAUAUCAGUGGACUAAAAAAACAAUACGCUAAACUAAAACAGAGGCAAAGGCAGGCACAUAUAAUUAUAAGCGCAGCUAUUUCUAGACAGUCUCCACCAGCUCCUCCGGUUACUAUGAACCACCUAUUAUUGGGUAAAAGCGCUCUAAUACCCGCUAAAAGAUUAGGACCUCCAAAAGGUGCUAUACCUCCCGCUAGGCAAAUAUCUUCCAGUACACUACAUUGGAAAGAUGCCCCAAAGCAAACUUCGAGCUCCAGUUCCAGCGAUACGGAACUUUGUGAUGAAGAAAAUGGUUCUUCCGAUGAAGAAGAACUAUGUCAAUUAGACCACCUACCCCUCGAUAAUGAUAAGGAUCUUAUGAAAAUCGACAAUACAAGUGCCACUGUAGAAAUAGAAACAAAUAGUUCACCUUCCAAAAAUGAAACACUACUGACGACUGACAAUGUUGAAAGUGACGAUAAUUUAAUAGUAUUUAAAACUGAAUCUGAUGAUGAGAAUUUUGAUUUUGAACAGUUUUUAUCGGAUCGAUUAAAAGUCGACGAUUUAGUUGAGGAACAACAUGAUUACUCUAGAAGAAAUAGCGAAAGAGCAUUGAAGAUUAUUCAAGAAAAUUCUUUAAUACUCCACCGAAUUUUGCAAUGUCAACCUCGAUUAUCUCCUUCGCCUCCAUUGACGAUAGAACCAGUUAAAAGUCCAUUAGACAACUCAUUCGGCGGAAAUUAUUCCGAAGUAGAUAAUUAUUAUAGUAAUAAAUACGCGACACAAAAUCAAAUCGAUAUGGGUAAGACGGAGGAUGUUAAAUCUCCAGAAUACGGAUCAAAAUAUACCAGUAUACUUGAAAAAAGCAAAAGUUUAGAUGAAAAAUAUAACGAACUGAUAUUAAAUAAACCUACAUCUAAAACGUUUGAAGGAUUGAGCGCUAUAAACAAUGAUUUCAGAAAGGAAAUGAUAAUCGAACCGAAGCUAUUUACUACAAUUAAUGAAGAAAACUCAGGCGACAUUAACAAUGUGCAAUUGAACGAGGAAGAUAUCAAAACUAUCUAUAAUAAAUCCAAUUUAAGUCCGAAUAAUAUUAAAUUUGACUCCACUAAACCAGAAACGAUAUUCACUUUCGAUCGUCCGUACAUAUCCGGACAAUUCCCAAUCGAAAUCGAUUCAGCGUCGCCCAAGAAAGAAUGCAAAUCGACAAUAUUCGAUCCUACGGAUUCACAUCUGAAUAAUUGUGAAGUCACCUCAAACGUAUUAUCAACAAAUCAAUGCUCAGAUGACGUUUCUACUACUGAGGAUUCAAUUUUUGCCACGGAAAUACACGACGACAUUUUAUUAGAAGAAUUAAAAAAUUACGAUGUAAGUACCGAUGUCAACAUUGUAAAUAGUCCUUUGCGAUGGACUCCUUCGACCACUUGUUAUAGUUAUCUCACCGCUGAUGAAGAAGGAAUAUCAUCGAUAGACAAGUUCAAAGAAAAAUGUGAUAUUAAUCCAAUUACAAAACCCUUUCACUUAGACGUACUACCAUGUACUAGCUCAAAUCCAAAAUCACCUUCGAAAACUCCCCUAUCUCCUUCAAAAUCGCCGUUUAGAUCUCCAAAUCAAAACUUCAAUCCUUUUCCUGUACCGCUUUGUUCCAGACAAAGUAAAGAAGUCCCUUUGAAACUCGGCUUGUACAAAAAGUAGCAAUUUUGCUUCUAAUCUAACAAAAUAAAAGUUUAAUUUGUUAUGAAAGUGACAAACAGAAAAAGAUAAGUUAGAUUACAAACUAUAUCAUUAAAAUUUGAUAUUAAAGACAUACUGAUUGGAUAAUAUUGGUUGUAUUUUCAAAAAAAUCUAGUUUUUAAGAAGAAAAAAAAAUACGUCGUAGCGAAUUAAAAAGUGUAAAAAUGUGGUUUUGAUAUUUGACUUGUUUUCAUAACAAUUAAUUUCAUUAAAAAUAACAAAUUCUUGAGGGAACUUUUCGUAAUUGGAAAAAUGGAGUUUUUGUUGUUAUCAUUUCAACUCUCUCUAUCUUGAGCUAGUCUAAACUGUUUUACUUCUCUUAUCCCAGUCCAUUAACUAAUAUUCUUCAACCAAGAAGCUUGUUUCCUUCCAAUUCCUCUACGACCUUCAACUUUACCCAUCAUAAUCAACCGGAAGAUAUUAAAUCGGCUACCAAGCAUUAUCUGUCCCAAAUAAGUCUAUUUAACCACAUUUCAAAAGCCUCUAAUCGAUUAAUGGUAGAUAGAUAGAUAAAAGUCCAUGCUUCGAUAUAUAAGAGAACUGACCAUAUGUAACAUUUGAUCAUCCGUUUCCAGAGUUGAAAUUAUUACCAUAAGCUACCUCAACUCUACAUUUUAUUUCCUUAUCGGGAUCCAGUUGUUCAGUAAUGUAGGAACCAAGACACUCUUUGGAUCGCUUGUCCGUUUACCUGUAGCCGUGUGUCAUGGUACAGCAAGGGACUAAGUACGAUAUAUUUUGUUUUAGAACAGUUAAUGCUUCGACCCAGGCAUUGCAGUCCAUUCAAUUCGUCACAAAGUACAACUGUAUCUUCUGCGUGUCUGAUUGUAUUUUUAAGUUAAUUUUUACUCAAAUUAAACAGUGGUUUAACUUCUCUGAAGAUUUUGCAUUCUUCUCUCGAUUUUCCGUUCCGCUCUUUGGCGUCAAUAUAAUUUUUCGAUUAUUCUUACAUCGGAACUAUCAACUUCUUUUUCCCCUUAAUAUAUUUAUUAACUUAUCGUCGAAGUGAAACUGUCAACUGUCAACACUGAAGUGGCUAGAGUCACAAAGUUGUCUACUCCAUAGCGUCCCGAACUGUCACUUUCACUACAUGGAACACUCAAAACGCAGCUUUCGGUGAAUGAAUGAAUACAAAACGAGCAACUUUCAGAUGACGUCGUCUACAAAACAAAUUUCAUGAGUACGUAAUGGGCUUACAAAUCGUGUAACGUACUAUACUUUUUCUACGCCCAUUCAUUUUUUUCCAUUAAAUAAAAACAUCGCAAUUAUUUAAAUUUUAUUAUAAUAGUUCGAUUGUGCCUUAUUAUUUAUUACUAUCAGACAUAUGUGUAGAUAAAAUUGAGAAAAUGUUCGGAUACAAUCAUAUUUUGUUCAAGAAAUUGACAAUAUAAAUGACAUUUUUAUAGCACGCUACUUAAGAAAACGUAUCCUAUUUUUAAAGAAAUUGCAUAAUGUGCUGCCUACAUUUAGGGGCAUCCCUUUUUCAAUUCUAAAUAUAUCUCGCUAAUGCUAAGUUUUUAUGCUUUUUAAUUGACUAAAUUUGUGUAAAUAGACCAAAAUUUUAUUGCAAUUUAAUUAAACCAGGAAGUUUAAGUUUUCUUCUCAAAACGCACGUGUAUGUUAUGAGAUCUCAUUACGUGCAUGUUAAUGUCAAAUGUCAUUUACAAGAAAUGUUGACAGAACGAUUUUUGACGUUUACAGACAUGGGCGUAGAAAAAAAUAAUAAUUCACAUUUGCUUGAUAAUUUGGGAUCUAAUUUGUUUCAUCUAACGAUACGUAAUUUAAUGUUAUUUUUAAUUGCAUAAGUUUGAAACAAUAAACUAAAUAGAUUCGGUUACCAAGGAUGGAAAUAAAACUUCUUGUUAUGACCUUUAACACUUUAUUGUAUAGAUCUAAAUUGUAAAACCGUAAACUACAAAUAAUUUAUUAUCUAUACAGGUUAGGUUAAUUAAGAUAUUAUAAUUGGUAAUAUUUUUUAAAACGGUUCAUAGAAGCAUCAACUGUUGCAACCGAUGUCGUUGCAAUAUAAUUUUCAUGUACGUACUAAAAUCCAUUUGGAAACAGUUCAUAUUUUUGUUCGGUUAGUGCUAGCAUUGUUUAUACACCCUUUUUUCUACAAUUUUAUGAUUGUAAGAAGUCGUUACGAAGUUGGAAUUUUUUGAACUUUAGUGAUAUUUAUAUUGUCUAUUGGUACCACUACAACAACAUCCAUAAUUGCACUGUCUGAUCCACGUUUCGUCUUCUGUCUCUGAAGACGUUAACUUGGUUAUCGAAACGCGCGUCAAACAGUAUAAUUAUGAGUGUUGGUGUAGCGGUCGCAAUAAACAGUCUGUUUAAUAAAUAAUUGACUUGCUAGAAAUCGAAUAUUAGUAUCAAUAUAAUGUGCCAUUUACCCAAAGCAUUUGCUACAGUUUUUACUAAAAUUUUUAAAUCCCAUUCGUAAUUUCUGAAUUAAUAUUUUGAUUAGUUUUAUUAUAAUUUUUGUUUUAAACGAAAAGUGAAUAGAAGAAAAGGGAAAUAAAUAAAUAAAAAAUUAAUAAUAUUAGCACGAACUGCAGUAUGUUAAAUAAUCAUAUAAUAGAUAUGUAAGUGAAUAUAUCCUUGUUGAGACUAUUUGUGCUGUGCCAGGUCCGUUCGUUCUAAAAAUAUUUUGUAGCAAAUAAUAUAUAUUUCCAAAAAGUUGUUAUGCAAAAAUAAACGUUAAUUAACUUAGACAAA